CGGGGUCGUAGGGCGUGCGCGUCGGUGUCAUGGCGGCCUCUGUGCUCAGCUCGGCCUGCCGCUCGCGGCAGCUCGGCCUCCCCGGCCUUGGCCGCCGCCGGCCGCCCCGGGGCCUGUGGGCGCGCGCGCGGCGGCUCCCGGGGCCCGCGGGGUCCGGGCGGAGCGUGGCCGCGGCUAGCGGGCGGGAUGCCUCGGGCACCGACCGCUAUUGCCUGGAGCUGCUGCGGAAACGAGAUUAUGAAGGUUAUUUAUGUUCUCUGCUGUUCCCUACAGAAUCCAGAAGCUCUGCUUUUGCACUGAGGGCCUUUAAUGUGGAACUGGCUCAGGUUAAGGACUCGGUCUCUGAGAAAACAAUUGGACUGAUGCGAAUGCAGUUUUGGAAAAAAACUGUGGAUGAUAUAUACUGUGACAGUCCACCGCCUCAGCCUGUGGCCAUUGAACUGUGGAAGGCUGUUAAAAGACAUAAUCUGACUAAAAGAUGGCUUAUGAAAAUCAUUGAUGAAAGAGAAAAAAAUUUGGAUGACAGAGCAUAUUGUAAUAUCCAGGAACUAGAAAAUUAUGCUGAAAACACGCAGAGUUCUCUUCUUUAUUUAACACUGGAAGUACUGGGUGUAAAGGACCUUCAUGCAGAUCAUGUUGCAAGUCAUGUUGGAAAAGCACAAGGCAUUGUCACUUGCUUGAGAGCAACGCCCUAUCAUGGUAGCAGAAGGAGGGUGCUCCUUCCCAUGGAUGUUUGUGUGCUGCAUGGUGUUUCACAAGAGGAUUUUCUACGGAAGAACCAAGAUAAAAAUGUGAGAGAUGUGAUCUAUGAUAUUGCCAGCCAGGCACAUGUGCACCUAAACCAUGCUAGGUCCUUCCACAAAAGUGUUCCUGUGAAAGCAUUUCCUGCUUUUCUUCAGACAUUACAUACUGCUCCUGGUGAUGGUGGUGACUGUUUCCCACUGUGUUCCUCAGUUUACUCACAGGUUGCCCUAGAAGACUAUUUAAAGAAAAUUCAGCAAGUGGAUUUUGACAUAUUCCACCCAUCUUUACAGCGGAAGAAUACAUUACUUCCAUUAUUUUUGUAUAUUCAGUCAUGGAGAAAAAGAUAUUAAAAUAAUUUCAUGGCACUGAUAUUUA